AUGAUCACUACAGUUCAUCGGCAACAAUCAGGCUGGGGAUUGCAGUGCCCGACUCUCCCCCUCUUAACUCCCGCCUCCAGGCCUUAUCCCGCCACAGCUCGUUGCAAAGACGCAUUCCAGAGUCGCCCACAGCCCACCAAGAACACCCGGCCAGGUUUUAUCACCUGCGACAUUAUGGAAGUGGUCGGCGCGGUAGCAAGCUUCAUCGCCAUCGGCCAGGCGUUGGCUGCGGGGCGUCAUGUCGUUGAUGUCCUUCGAGCGAUUCCUGGCAUCGGAAACGAGCUGACAUGGCUUCACGACGAGAUCGAGACCCUCCGCUUGGUGGUCGAAGAAGCAGACAUGCGCGGGACGAGUGCCGACGAAUCGCUGCCCGAGACACCGCUGUUGAAAAGUGCCAGGCUCCAGCUCAGGGAAAUCGUUGCCGACCUCGAGGGGAUCCACAAGGGCUGUGUACGAGCCGUUAAAGAGAAUGGCAAGGUCAAAGCAAAGAAGACAAAGUGGUUCUUCCAACAGAAGCAACUUUCCGAAUGUCGCGAGAAGGCCCGCGAUGUCCGAGCAAACCUCCUUGCCGCUUUGCAAACGUUACAGCUCAAGGAGGUCAAGGAAACCAAACAAGUUGUUUUGCGCAUCGAGAGCUUCGCGAUUCAGACACGCGGGAUGAUGGCAUUGAGGCAUCGUAGUCCCGAAGAACUUCAAAUGUCAUCCUGUCAUCUGCCACCACAGCAUGUUUGCGAUAAGGACGACGCACAGGAACUGCAACCUGAGAGGCCUAUCUCUCACUUGACGACCGCCGUUGAACAACUUGUCCUGUCAGACAGCCGACCACGGACAGCCAGCAAGGCACACCCCAAAAGCUCGGACAUCGUGGUAAUCAACACUUCAUUAUCUACCUUCGAAAGAUGCCCGCGGCCAUGCUGUUGCCGCUGCCAUGGCUCACGUCCUGCGUCCUUCAAAUCAGCGGAUUGGGCCCGUAACCUGAUCGGAUCCUUUUCCGCGAGCUGCGACCAGCGGUUCGUGUUUCGAAACGAUGCAAGAUGCAACUCGAUCCUUUGCAAAGCUAGCGGAAAAGUAUCCGUCAAUUUCAGCUAUCGGUUCCCGGCAUGGUUGUGCUCUCGGCUUAUCCAUCUUCAGGCCUCAUCGAACGCUGUAACGGGAUUCAGUGUUUCAUUGCGGCCCAUCAGAUUGUUGCCCUUGGAUGCAAUUUUCUGGACCUGCGCUAGAAACUGGUCGAGAGUCGAGCUGACGCAGCUGAUGCAAUUCGAGGGUGUAAUCUACCCCGGUGAUAGCGACAAUGACGGGGACACGGCGAUAAGCUACGUGAUUAAUUACGGAUCCACCGAUGCUGUGGCCUAUUUCGCGGAAUUAUGGGCAGAUCAGCUGCAAAGCGACAGCUUUGACAGAACUUGGCUCUUUGAUGCGCACAUGGUGAUCGAAGACAACCCUGGAUUGCCUUCAGAGGAGAAAGAUGCACUACGCAGAAUGACAUCUUGCAAUCCCGCCAGCAUAGACGCUAUCCAUACGCCGUUACAUAGCGCUGCAGCACAAACAGACUUGGCCGAGAUUCAGCAGGCUGUCAAGAGUCAACCGUGGGCCAUGCACCAGUUGAACCACCGUGGCGAAACGCCCUUGCAUGUCGCUGUCAGGCUGGGCAAUCUCGAUGGUGUCAGGGAGUUGCUCAGGUUGGGCUGCGAUGUCAACCAGCGAGACGGUUUUGGAUACACGCCCCUCAUGGAAGCUGUCAGAAUAAGUCGUGUCGCCAUGGUUCAAUGGCUACUUGAUGCCGGUUGUACUGUUGAUGCCCAGAGCAACUUGGGCAGCACGGCCCUGCACCUUGCUGCUGAAGGUAAUGAUGAUAGCUCAACACAGAUUCUGAGAAGCUUGUUGUCUGCUGGUGCGUCGGCGACGGUCACUGAGCCAGAUGGUGAUUCAAUUGUGCACACGGCAGCAAGAACAAGGGCCGACAAAGCUGUGCUUCAGAGGAAUUUACGCCUGCUUCUGGAUGCAGGUGCUGACUUGGAGGCACGCAGGCGUGACGGGGACACGCCGCUGGAGGUUGCCAUUUUAAGCAAAAACCUAGUGGGUAUCCAGUGCCUUGUAGAAGCGGGUGCUAACACAACAACCUCGGAAAUCCUCCAUCAAGCAGCGCUUUACUCGGGCUGUCAAGAACUUGAAUACCCGGACAGCCUGUCGCUGGCUGCAAUCAACCUGGACAGUUUCGAUAAGGACGGCUACACCGUGUGGGACUGCUUCGUUUAUUCUUUGGGCGCGGAAAAUUGGCGGCGUGGAGAUAUUCGCAGGCCGAGCUCAGAUGAGCAAGAAGCUUUCACUCGGUUAUAUAGAGGUAUCCGAGACAGAAACUUGGAACAGGACAUCAAGAGACUGGAAUGGACUCGCCAAUACUUGGGACUCAAGGACCAGCGAGGCGCCACGUCUGCGCUGGAUCCCUUGAUCAAGCAGAAGACAGAGUGGGAACGGUGGGGUCAGGUGGAAACGUAUAAGACCAUCGGUCUGCAGGUCCGAGAAGGCAUGUGGCAUGCAGCGAUCGAAUCGGUGGAUGAGAACAUUGAAAUGCUGCAAGAGGAGAUGGUCAAGUCCCCGUGGCAAAAUUCGUCGCGCUGGGAUUACUUACUGGAAUCGGACACAGAAGACAGCGAGACUGAAAACGAAGAGGAUAUGUCUGAGGCAAAAGCAGUCUGUACUGACGAAGAUGAGACGCAGUACCCAACAAGCGAUGAAGAGUCUGGGGAGGAGGAUGAUGAAUCAUGAACUCAGUGUGGUUAAUGGUUUUGGUCCCGGGUCAUUCAAGCAGAAACCAGGAUUUUCCAAUCGGUAGAUUACAUAGCAGGUUUGUUAGCCAGCAUCCAACCUGUAGCUGAUCAGCAGCAUUAUACGGUACCAGACAGAUAAACGGGCUUUGGCGUGUCUUUGUGGCUUGCAUGUCCGAGUUUCAAAUAACAUC